AUGGAGGAGUCUAUUAAGACUAGAAACCGUGCAACCAUUUCCGACCUUUUUGCUCCGGACUUUGGAUUCGACCUUUGCGAUUCGCAUGUUAACAAAAAGGAGUUCGUUGAGAUUCUCGCCAGACUUCCAACCAGAUUGAAUGUAACUUUCACCCUGAAAAAGUUCACCAACUACAAAUCUGCCAUCAAAUUUGAAGUUGCUGAGAGUGGGAACAUGAAUACGAAUCUUGGAUUCUACAUCAAUAAGCUACAGGAAAAAUUGACUUCUGGUUCCAUCGUCAAUUGUGAAGGAAUUCCGCCUCACUGA